UCAGACCUUCAGACCAGGUUCAGACCUUCAGACCCGGUUCAGCAGCAGAGUUUAGAUCAGAUCUCCAUCAUGAAGUCUUUGAUCCUGUCUCUGGUUCCGGUUCUGGCGCUGCUCUCGGUCCCGGUCCUGUCCGCUCCGGGUUGCGGACCGUGUGACCCGGCUCAGUGCGCGUCCCUCCCGGCGGAGGGCUGCCCGGCCGGCUCCCUGCUGGACUCCUGCGGCUGCUGCGCGGUGUGCGCCGCCGCGGAGGGAGAGCUGUGCGGCGGCCGCCGCGCGGCAGCGCGCCGCUGCGGAGCCGGACUGGAGUGCGUCAGGAGCGACGCGGACAAGAAGAACAAGCUGGGGGUCUGCGUCUGCAAGAGCGACCACGAGGUCUGCGGCUCCGACGGGACCACGUACCGGAGCGGCUGCGCCCUGAAGAGCGCCAGCCUGGCUGCCCAGAACCAGGGACAAGGACCAAUCAGCGUCCAGAACAAGGGCCGCUGCGCCACAGCUCCCGUCAUCGUCACGGCUCCAGGCGAGGUGUUCAACGUGAGCGGCUCCCAGGUGUACCUGAGCUGUGAGGCGGUGGGCGUGCCCACACCUGUCCUCACCUGGAAGAAGGUGCUCAGUGGGAAGAGGAGGAUGGAGCUUCUUCCUGGAGACAGAGACAACCUGGCGAUCCAAACGAGAGGAGGACCAGAGAAACACGAGGUCACCGGCUGGGUUCUGAUCUCUCCUCUGACCAAAGAAGAAGAAGGAUCCUACGAGUGUCACGCCACCAACCCUAAAGGAGAAGCUUCAGCGGUCGGCGCCAUCCACCUGGUCGACUCCCUGGACCUCAUCGUCAAGACAGUGACGAAGGACGGCGAGCUGUGAUCAGCUGAUCGGUGAUGAUGAUGUCACAGGAAGCAGCUGAUUUUAAAACAUUUAUUUGAUGUCGUUCUAAAAAAACACCUUUAAUUUGAAUUUAAUUUCUCUUUGUGUUGCUGAGGUUAAUGAUUUAAAUUCUUCUUUUCUGGGAUGAAAACUAUUUAAUAACUUUUCUUUCAUAUUAGUGCUGCAACUAACGAUUAUUUUCAUUAUUAAUGAAUCUGUUGAUUAUUUAAACGAUUAAUUGAUUAGUUGUUUGGUCAAUAAAAUGUAUAAAAAUAUCAAUGAGUGUUUCCAAACCACAAGAUGACGUCCUCAAAUCUCUUGUUUUGUCCACAAACCAAAGAGAUAUUCAGUUUAUUGUCAUAAAGGAACAAAGAAACCAGAAAUAUUCACAUUGAAGAAGCUGAAAUCAGAGAAUUUGGACUUAUUGUCUUUAAAAAACUGCUCAAACCAAUUAUUGGAUUAUAAAAAUAGUUGACGAUUAAUUUAAUAAUCAAUUUGUUGCAGCUCUAAUUCAUACAUUUAAUAUUUUUUUUGUUAUCAUUGAUGAAUUAUUCUUUUCCUUUCACGCUCUCAUUCACUCCUACGGACAGUUUUGAGUCCCUAAUUAAAGUCUCAUUUAUUGAUCAUCAGCUCAGGUCUGAUUAUUAACUCUUAUAUCUGUAAUAAUGUUGCUUUUAUUGUUUGUUUAUAUUCCUGCUGAAUAAACUGAUGACUUCAUCGAUU